AUGGGCCUCAAGGGAUUCACCGGUAGUUUUCAACAAAUUCGCGGACUUCUACGACCACCAAAGAAUCUCCCGUUCCGUGGAAUUUUCCGGAAAGACGGAGAAGUUGUGCGAAAAGACGAUUUGCUGGUGAAUCAAUUCAAAAUGAAUUAUCAUCCAGGGUUAAAUGUUUACUAUGAAAACGAUCGCGGAGAACGUCUUCUGCGUGCCCAUUGCGACGGAAUCGUUCGUAUCUCCCAGGAAAAAUGCGAUCCGGACUAUGAAAUUGAGGAGAUGAAGGGAUACGAGUAUAGGAAAGACGUGGAUUUGUACAAAAUGACGUUCAAUGUGAUUCCGCUGGAAUUGUCUCAGAAGCACACGCUGCGACAUGAAAUUUAAAUUUAAUUUUUUGUCGAUUUUUUUUUUGGUUUUGUUGUGUUUAAUAAUUUUCUGACGGGCUAUGGUCAAUUAGAAUAGUAAAUAAUGUUUUUCCGCUCUG